CUCUCCCCCUUCUUCCUCUCCCAGUGCAGCCCCAGUCAGCACGGCGAACCACCUCUCUGCAUGCCAGGCGUGCGGCGUGCGUCCCGGCCGAGUGCUCAUUCCCUCGGAGCUGCCAUAAAGGAGUGUGGGAGGGCGAAGCAAUGGAGCGCGGCGCUGCAGUUGUUCCGCGAGGCGUCGCAGCUGCGCGUGGAGGUCGGCGGAAACCAUUACAAUGCGAUUGUCAGCGUGUGCGGCAGAGGCAGGCAGUGGCAACAGGCGCUGUGGCUUCUCGGCGAGACGGCCGAGGCGUCGCUGGAGCUCGACGUCGUCAGCUGCAGCGUCGGGAUCAGCGCGUGCGAGAGGGGCGGGCAGUGGCAGCGGGCCCUCGCGCUGCUCCGCGAGAUGCGGGAGGCGAAGAUAGAGCCCAACGUCAUCCUCAGCUACAGCGCUGGGAUUAGUGCAUGCGAGAAAGGCGCGCAGUGGCAGCGGGCUCUGGCUUUGCUCAGCGAGAUGCGGGAGGCGGAGUCGGAGCCCAACACCAUCAGCUUCAACGCUGGGAUCAGCGCGUGCGAGAAAUGCGAGCAGUGGGAGCGGGCUCUGGCUCUGUUCGGCGAGGCGCGAGAUGCAAACGUAGAGCUCGACCUCGUCAGCUACAACGCUGGGAUCAGCGCCUGCGAGAAGGGCAGGCAGUGGCACCAGGCGCUGCUGCUGCUGAGCAGGCUGCGGGAGGCGAAUGUGGAGCCUGGUGUCAUCAGCUACAACGCUGGGAUCAGCGCGUGCGAGAAAGGCGAGCAGUGGCAGCGAGCUCUGGCGCUGCUCAGCGAGAUGUGGGAGGUGAAGAUAGAGCCCGACGUCAUCAGCUACAACGCUGGGAUCAGCGCAUGCGGGAACGGCUUGCGGUGGCAGGGAGCUCUAGCGCUGCUCAGUGAGAUGUGGGAGGUGAGGUUGGAGCCCCACAACUUCAGCUAUUGCGCUGGGAUUUGGGCGUGCGAGAGAGGCGAGCAGUGGCAGCGAGCUUUGGCGCUGCUCCGCGAGAUGCGGGAGGCGAAGAUAUAUACAAACGUCAUCAGCUAUGCCGCUGGGAUCAGCGCGUGCGGGAAAGGCAACCAGUGGAAGCGGGCUCUGGUGUUGCUCAGUGAGGUGCGCGAGGUGAAGCUGAACCUUGACGUCAUGAGCUACAGUGCUGCGAUCAGCGCGUGCGAGAAAGGGGAGCAGUGGCAGGGAGCCCUGGCGCUGCUCGGCGAGAUGCGUGAGGAGAAGCUGGAGCCCAGCGUCAUCUACAACUCCGGGGUCAGCGCGUGCGAGAAAGGCAGGCAGUGGCAGCGGGCUCUGGCGCUGCUCCGCGAGAUGCGGCGGGCGAGGCCGGAGCCCGACGACACCUGUGCGACACCUCCGCGCGAGGCGCGGCCCCACGAGGGGCGAGCAGCGCGAGCGCCUCGUGCGCCUCUUGGGCGCUCCGCCGGGUACGCCGAGGGCCCCAACGCUCC